CUUGACCGGCCGUCCCAUCCUGCGGCUCUAUCUUUCUCGCACGCACGCUCCGGCGUCAUGUCGUGGAUCGCGCGCUCCAUCGCGGCCACUCUCUCCUCGCCGCGCAGCUCCGACGCCGACGACGCCGACUACGACCCUGCCUCCGCGCAGAGCGGGGCAGGGCCGGAGGAGGAGGAGUCCCACGGCAGCAGCCCUAACCCGGGCCCUGAGGCCGGGGAACCCGAGCAGCCCGGCACACCGAGCCGCGGCGUCAAGGACGACAUAUCCGAGCUCACCGAAACGCUCACUCGCCGCCUCUGGGGCGUCGCAUCCUUCCUCGCACCGCCCCCGACCCCGCCGGAGGCCUCCACCCCGCGCGCCGCGACUCCGGCACAAGGGGAAGAUGAGGGGAUUGAGGAUGGGGAGGAGGCCGCGGUGCUGUCCCCCCGGACUGCGGGGAUCCGCAGCGAUCUAGCCGAGAUAGGCGGAAGGAUGUGGAGCGGUUUCUCGAUGCUGCAGAACAACUUGGCCGUGGCCGAGAUCUCCAAGAUCGCCUCGUCGCUCCUGCCGUUCGGGCAAGGGGAGGCGGACGAGGGGGAGUCCGUGCCCGGCAUCACCGAAGAGGUGGUGGUGUUCGUCAGGCACAUCUCCACGCGGCCCGAGACAUGGCUCGAUUUUCCCCUCUUCAUCAGCGAGCGCUACGCGGAUGAUUUCGAACUGUCAGAUGCUCAGUACGUGCAUGCUCUGUCUGUAGAGCACCUUGUGCCAGGAUUAUCAGAUUUAAAGGCUCAGAUUUGCUCUACUGACAUGACUGAAGCAUGUUUCUGGAAGAUCUACUUUGUGCUUUUGCACUCGAAACUCAAUAAGCAAGAUGCUGAGGUUCUUUCGACGCCACAGAUCCUAGAAGCAAGGGAGCAGUUGUUGCAAAGUUUAGGGUCUGAGAAAAAGCGGGGAUCCAAGUUUCCCGACGAGUCAUCCGCCGAGAGCUCGAACGCAUCCUCCGCUCCUGCUGAAGAGAAGGUGAUUCAACCUCCAGUCAUCCAAGACAAAGCAGGCGCUUGGGAGAAAUCAUCGUCCGAAGAACCUUCUGAAACCGUGUCCGAGAAAUUCCCAGUCUCAACCACCGAAGUGGAAAUGGUGGACAAGUCAGUGGUUGAGGAAGAGCUGACUGUGGCAAAUGAGAGCAAGACCUCACCGGUGAAGUCCAAGCUUCCCUACGAGGCUGAUGAAGAGGAGGAAGUCGACGAGUGGCCCGAUGACGACCCCACCGAUGAGGCUGGCCACAGGACUUUGCUAGGGCGGGAGGAGGAGGACGUGUCGUUCAGUGAUCUGGAGGACGACGAGGACGAUGAUAGGAGGUAGAAGCGGAUGAUGGGCAGUAGCCAAGUUGGCUAGGGGAAAGCUCGUACUAUGGUCCCGGCGCACAACAGUCAUGGUGAUCCGUCAACCACAUGCUGGCUUCAUUGGAGUAGGGCCGAGAACACACUCACACCCAAGGAUCAAUGGUUUGUUAGUUAUUAUUAUUAGAGUCCGGAAGUAAUGAGUCCCAAGCAGUAGCAAUAAGCAUGCAUGUAUCUGCCGCGCGUGUUAGUGCUAAUGGCAAGUCCUGCUGCUUCUGUAUUAUUGGCCCCGUCCUGUAGCUUGUACAUAGAGCGCUCGCGGUUGGGUUGGGCCUUGUGUAAUAAACCUACCGUCCGGGAACUUGAGCUUGUGUUUAAAAGGACCGACCUGUUCAUUAGGGAGGGACCUGGGGUUCCAGUUCCUGGCUUCCGUUCCGGCAGCCGUUCUGCAGUGCAGUGCAGGCUCCAUUGAUUCCAAGCAGG